UCCAAUAAAACAAUAAGGGCAGUGGGCACGGCUGCGCCGAUUUUGUGCUCUUUGUAUAUCAAAUAUAGUUCAAAUCAUGGCUUUUAAAAGUGAUUUAAAACAGUUAGUAAAACCAUAUUAUUGGGUUAAUAUUCUACUCAGUGUAUCAUAUGUAUUUGCUAAACGGACAAAUUUUACAUGUGAAUUCUUGUUCCCAAACGCCGACUGCGAACUGGACAGUCGCGAAACGGAAAUCCUAUUUUUCUUAAUUAUUGUCGUAAUGCUGAGAACUCGGAAGGCGGGGAGUGUGACAAUGGUCAAUUAUUUGUCGUCUUCAUUCGUUUAUACCAAGAUCGCUAAUCUAAUUCUAUGGUUAUAUGCAGAUGUAAGAUAUGGCAUUCCGUAUGGUGCAAUCCUCAUACUAUCAGCAUUACUCCUCCCAGAACCAACUUACUCUGGGCCAGAGCUGAUCACAUACUUCCGAGGGCCCCAGAUUUUGGAGGAUGAGCUGAAGCACCACAAGAACACCACGUGGCUGGUCUGUCUGUACGCUGCAUGGCAUCCGGCGUGCGUGAACUUUGCCCCCGUGUUCGCGGAGCUGUCAGCAAGUUACAAUUUGGACAACUUCAAAUUUGGAAAGCUGGAUGUCGGCAGGUUGGUUAUAAUGAUCCUGUAA